UUCCUCUUCCCCUCUCCUCUUCCUCUCAGAGCUGCAGCUGCUGAUGCUGCUGCUGCUGCUGCUGCCGCCGCCGCCAGAGCAAAGCUCACGACUCAGCAGCGACCAGAAUAAACCCGACCGACCGCCUGACGUCCGGACGCGGACGGUGCGCGCGCGUCGGGAGGAAACUCCGGACACUCGAGCUGAAAAGCGUCACGAGAGGACUUUCCUCUUGGCGACGUGCGGGACGGACUCGUGCCUCGCGGGACUCCGGGGAUUCGACCAGUGCGUUCGCAGGCGGGAUGGAGAGGCUGCGCGGCGGCAGCGUGGCGCGGUGCUGACGGACCGGAUGGAGCCUCUGCGGUUUUCACGCCCUCCCUCGUGAAACACGUUACUUUUGCUCCGGAUUCCCACUCGUCUGACUUUUUGUUGUUGUCUAGAAAGAUCAACGCCAGAGACGUUUGUCCGCGCGCGUGAGAGAUGGGGCGGCUGCUCGUGCCGCACCGGUCCGGCAGGACGGUGACACUUUGUGCCACAGGUGAAUGAGCGUUUCUCCUCUUUCCCUCGAGUGUUAUUUUUCAACCUGAUCCGAGCUCGUCGCGCACUCGACGAUGGACCUGAAGGUGGACGCGGAGGAGAUGGACUCGCACCGACCUCCCCCUCCUCCGCCGCCGCCCGUCGAAGUUUUCGCGCGCGCCUCGACGCUGCACGGCAUCGCGCACAUCUUCACGUACGAGCGCGCGUGCGUCAAGCGCAGCCUGUGGGCGCUGCUCUUCCUGGGCUCGCUCGCCCUCCUGCUGUACGUGUGCGUGGACCGCGUCCACUUCUACCUGGAGUACCCGCACGUCACCCGCCUGGACGAGGUCACGACCCCGACCAUGACGUUCCCCGCGGUCACGUUCUGCAACCUGAACGCGUUCCGCUUCAGCCGCGUGACGCGCAACGACCUGUACCACGCGGGCGAGCUGCUGGCACUGCUCAACCAGAGGUAUGAGAUCCGGGACGUCCACCUGGUGGAGGAGAGCGUCCUGGAGAGCCUGAAGGUCCGAGCCGACUUCCACAACUUCAAGCCGCGGCCGUUCAACAUGCGCGAGUUCCACGACCGCACGGGCCACGACAUCGCCGACAUGCUGCUCUCGUGCCACUUCCACGGCGCCGAGUGCCGCGCGGAGGACUUCAGAGUGGUCUUCACUCGCUACGGGAAGUGUUACACCUUCAACGCAGGCGGCGACGGACGCCCCCCCCUCGUCACCACCAAGGGAGGGAUGGGUAACGGACUGGAGCUCAUGCUGGACAUCCAGCAGGACGAAUACCUGCCGGUCUGGGGAGAGACGGACGACACGUCGUUCGAAGCCGGGGUCAAAGUUCAGAUCCACAGUCAGAGCGAGCCGUCCUUCAUUGACCAGCUCGGGUUCGGAGUGGCGCCCGGGUUCCAGACGUUUGUUUCCUGCCAAGAACAAAGGCUGAUUUAUCUCCCCCCGCCCUGGGGAGACUGUAAGGUGACGCCCAUGGACUCCGACUUCUUCGACAGCUACAGCAUCACGGCGUGUCGCAUCGACUGCGAAACGCGCUACCUGGUGGACAACUGCAACUGCCGCAUGGUGCACAUGCCCGGCGAUGCACCGUACUGUACGCCAGAGCUGUACAAGGAGUGUGCUGACCCGGCUCUCGACUUCCUGGUGGAAAGAGACAACGACUUCUGCGUGUGCGAGACGCCGUGCAACAUGACCAGAUACAGCAAAGAGCUGUCGUUCGUCAAGAUCCCCAGCAAGGCCUCCGCCAAGUACUUGGCCAAGAAAUACAACAAAUCUGAGCAGUAUAUUAAGGAGAACAUCCUGGUGCUGGACGUCUUCUUCGAGGCGCUCAACUACGAGACCAUUGAGCAAAGGAAGGCCUACGAAGUGGCUGGACUUUUAGGCGAUAUCGGUGGUCAGAUGGGACUUUUCAUCGGGGCAAGUAUUCUCACUAUCCUGGAGCUGUUUGACUACUUUUAUGAGGUGAUAAAGUACAAGUUGUGCCGCUGCUCCGAUAAGAAGCGCCACAACAACAACGGCGACCAGGGAACAGUCCUGAGCCUGGACGACGUCAAGUGUCACGUCAGUAACUUUCACUAGGCCUCCGCAGCACGCGGCGAGCAGCCGCUCCCUGGCCUCCGCGCGACCUCGUGAACUUUGUUCACCGCGGUGAAGCCGGAGCAGAUUUCCGCGGCAGCGAAAGUGUCUGAACUGUGUCCGGUCGAAGGUUCAUGAUCAACGAGGUGAAAAGAACAACCAUGUGGCCGGAGUUAGGAGAGAGCGACGGAGGACAGACGCCAGUUGUCAACGUGUUGUGGUGAAUUCAAAAAACGUUAGAAUAAAAACUGCAUGGUCUUGUAUAAAAGGCUUUUAAAGACAUAGCAACAGAUUCAGUGAAUGGGGGCAUGAACUAGACAAAGGGCCAUUUGUGUUCAGUUAAACAGCGUUCGAUGUGCAGUACCAGCUGUGCAGUGGUGUUUCUGUCAUUUUGAAUGGAGAUUUUUGUAAAAAAUAUUUCGUGAAACAGAUUUGGUUUCACUCAUAAAUAUGACAUUUGCUUUGUUUAGAAAUGUGCAUGUCACCACUUUAUCUUUUUUUUUACCCAAUUACACUUUAUUUUACAGGUUCAUAAAUUCCCCAAAACAUUUCCUGGUAAUAACCAAAUGAAGGAGAAGUCAGAUACGGAGGCAUCAGUUGGUUAAAUUAUAUGAGUAGUAGAUAAUUACUUUAUUAGCUCUAAAACUAAACUAACUCAAAUAUCUGUUUCUCUCUGUUUCCUGUUAUUUCUACCAAACUUCAUGGUUCCUCCCAGUUCGCUUUCAAUAACUUAUCAGAAGACGGUUUGAUCUUUAUAUUUUUCACUUUUACUUUACACCAAAUUUCCAUUUUUAUAUGCAUGUCAUUGGAUUUCCUCGUUAAAACCUUGUGCAUUUCGUCAGUCUACUGUACUACCUCAUCUUGCACGGUGACGGCGCCACGUCUUGUGCUUCUCCUACAGUAAUGUUGUGAUGCCACAGUAAAGAAAUAAUGAAAUGUAUUAGUGUAACAGAACCACCAGUGGUAGAGUCGAGUCAGAUUAGCAGCCAUCAACAUAUUAAACAUGCUAGCAUUAGCUAGCAUUAGCCUGCUACUGGUCAAGUCAGUAUUUAGCCGAUAGCACCAGCCAAGAUCAGUGAAUGUAUUCAACUGAAGUUUGAAUAGUUUGUCAUUUCCGGACGUAGACUUCAGAGACAUCAACACCACUCUCAUGUCUGUCCGUUAGUAUCGGGCUACAGCUAGCAGCAGCUAGCUUAGCUUAGCACAACGACGUAACGGGGAAAGCAGCUUGUACUCAAAACAAAAGCAUACAAACAAAAAUGUACUUUCAGUCUGUUGUUUUAAACACAAAUUGUACAAGGAAUGAAUAAAUGAGACAUUACGUGUACAUUUUUUACCA